AUGUGUUCUGCUGGCACCUUUUCUUUGAGUGGUGCUACUAUUUGUACAAACUGUCCAGCUGGUCAGACGUCAAAUGUAAGAAGUUCAGCUUGUACAAAUUGUACUGAUGGUUACUAUUCCAAUUCUGGUGAUCAAACUUGCACAAUAUGUCCAGCCGGAUUUUACUCAAAAAGUGGGAAUGCAACUUGUAGUGCUUGUCCAGCUGGGACAUAUUCCGCAGAAGGUGCCUCAAUCUGCACACGAUGUAGUCAGGGUUAUUACUCAAAUGAAGGAGCUACAGCAUGCACAAUGUGUGAGAGUGGAUAUGUAUCUAUUGCCGGGUCUUCAUCGUGUACGAUAUGUCCAGCUGGUACAAAACCAAAUUAUUAUAAAACUUCUUGUACAAAUUGUACUGAUGGUUACUAUUCAAAUUCUGGUGAUAAAAAAUGCACAAUAUGUCCGGCUGGAUAUUUUUCAAAGAGCGGAAACGCCACUUGCACUAUUUGUCCAGCUGGUACUUAUUCAAAUGCAGGCGCUUCAGGUUGUUCAAAUUGUGGUCAGGGUUCUUAUUCAAAUGAAGGAUCUUCAGCAUGCAUAAUGUGUGAGACUGGGAGUGUAUCGGUAGUUGGGUCGCCGUCUUGUACAAUAUGCCCUGCUGGAACAAAACCAGAUACAUCGAACGCUACUUGCAUAAAGUGUAGUAAUGGAUAUUACUCCAAUGCUGGUGAUCAAUUAUGCACAAUAUGUCCAGCCGGCUAUUUCUCAACUGGUGGAGACGCAACAUGUACUGCUUGUCCAGCUGGAUCUUAUUCGGGUAAAGGUUAUUCAAUUUGUAAUAAAUGUUCAAAUGGGUAUUCAUCAAAUGAAGGUUCAUCUUCAUGUUAUAAAUGUUCUGCUGGGUAUUUUUCCAAUAGUGGAGAUGCGACUUGCACAAAAUGUGCUGCGGGAACAUAUUCACUUGGUGGUACUAAUACAUGCACAGAUUGUCCACUUGGGACUUACUCCACUUUAGGAUCAUCAGGAUGUAUCGAGUGUGGAGUUGGCACGUAUGCACCUUCGAAAUCUCCAAGUUGCAUUGACUGUCCCGCCGGCACUUAUAACAACAAAAACAAACAAAGUUGUUGCCUGUUUGGAUUGUCCAGAUGGCACCUAUUCACUUACAAAUUCAUCGAGUUGUACCAAAUGUAA